UGCUACCUUCGCGCUGAUCACGGCAGUGUCAAUAAUAGCAUUCGUGUGCAGUACAGGCCAAGGUGUUGUAAUUAGUUUUAUACAUAGUUUAAUAGGAAAAUGUGGGCCCGCGUUAUUGCCAUGACCUUUAUGGUGGCGGCGGUCAGUGCUGCGGCCGAUCUGCGUCUGUUGGGCGUGCAGACCCGCUCCUGCCCGGUCAGCGGCUGUCCCGCCGGAUCCGAGACGGCCAACAGCAACAGCGUCGAUAUUAAAUACGGAGUGAAGAAUGUCCCGCAAAUCGGAUCAACUUUCACGGCGACAUACAACGAAGACGGUAGCGCGACCAUCAGUGUGUCAAGCGUCAACUGGCCGGCCGGCACCAUCACCCGCCUCGUCGUCGGCAACGGCGGCGCCGGCUGCGAGACCGUGGGCACCAGCCUGACGGUGACCUUUGACAAAUGCGGCAUCCAGCAGUACUUCGGGCUGGAUAAAGUGCAGCGCCGCGUCGUGGUGAAACUGUGCCAGCGCUUCCCAGCCACCAGCAGCAACGGGGUGACCGUCUACUUCCCGGGUAACCGCGACGUCACCGUCGACUUCCACCUGGCGCCGCGCAAUCCCACCAAUAUACAUCCCAUUGAGCCGGAGGUCCUCUGGAAGUCAGAGAGACUGGCGCAGUGCACCGUCCUCACACACAAUAUCACCGCCUUCCGCACCGUCAAGGGCUCGGAAUCCUGGUUCUUCAGCGUGGAAGCCGGCAACUACGACCCCGCCCAGCUGGGUGUCGGUUUCUCCCUGGAGACCUGCAUCCUGCGGCCGUAUCUGGCUGGCGAAUCAGCGCCGACUCGCACUGAAGAAUACUGGCUGACCAUCAUCAAGAACGGGCGUGUCCAUUCUGACUUUUUGCCCAAUCCCGUCAGCCCGCACUAUAAAGUCAACGUCGUCCAGGGCCAGAAGUACGAAGUGGCCACGAAGCGAGUGUACAGCAAUGCGCUCGAGGAAACUAAGUUGGCCGCUGUCGCGCCCGAGAUCGAAUGCCACGUCUGUCUGUGUGAUCCGCUGAGCAGCUGCCCGGACACCCUGCCCAUCGUAUCCGCCUCACCCUUGAGACGUGUUAAUAACGCCGAAGAGGCCUGGGUACCCCGCUUCCGCGUCCUACCGCCCCUGGAGAACGGUCAGCGUUCGGAGAAGCUGCGCGCUGGACCUGUUAACGUGGUGCCGGCCCGCCGCAAGCAGAUGCAGCUGUAAACGUCCACACAACCGGCAAACGGAGAAAGGGGAAAUAUCACAUAGAUUUCGAGAAUUUUCAUAUGCGCCAAAAAUGCUAACACGUGAAUUAUGUGCCAGAGCUAGUGACGAUGCGUUUAACACAAACCCGAAUAUCUGGUUGUACACAACGCCAGUGAAAAAAUACCAUGUUGGGUACAUCGUGACAUGAGCGAGAAAACAGGAAAUAAAUUUAUGGAUGUUG